AUGUGUAAUCGAUUGUCUAACCAUUCAUUAAUACCUGAACGUCAAUUAGGUAAAAAUGGACCAAAAGUACCAGCUAUUAGUUAUGGAGCAAUGGGUUUAUCAAUAUCAUAUGGAACUAUCGGAUCCGAUGAAGAACGAUUCAAAGUCUUGGAUCGUGCUAUUGAACUUGGUAGUACUUAUUUUGAUAGUGCCGAUGUAUAUGGUGAUAAUGAAGAUUUAUUAGGAAAAUAUUUCAAGAAAUAUCCAGAACAACUUAAAAAGGUGUUUCUUGCAACAAAAUUUGGUGGAGUAUUCUCUCCUGACACGAAAUCUUACUCAAUUCGUGGUGAUGCACAAUAU